AUGGAAUUUGAGCAAGCCAGCUUUUUGCAGGAAAUGCAAGAACACGGGCAUGCCAGAGAACUUGGCCACUUGGAAAAUUAUUUUACAUUGUGUCAACGUCAAGAUUUGUACAGUAAUUUUAGCAUGUAUUGUGAGUUAAGCAAUAGUUGCACCGUGGAUGAAUUGGCAUAUGCAUUAAGAACAAUCUGCUUACAAAAUCCAAUUCUCGUGCAUACAGUAAUUCCCCGAAAUUGGCCGGAUCAUGCUAGUUUUUAUGCCAGCGAAGAAUUCUUGUCUAAGCCGGUUGCCUCUCAUGAAUACAUGCGUCUUUUAGAUUCUGUGAGGGUGUCAGAUUUGCUAAUGAACGAUCAAGAAGAGUAUCAAGAGGUGGUGACGAAAAUACUGGAGCUAUUUACGCGCAGUGGCGGCAAGUACACGAGUGAAAUAUUCGACGUCGUCUCCAGGAUACGAGUUCCUUACGGCGAUCCAUCCAAACCCAAUUGGAGGAUCUUAUGUCUUCCAGGGAAGGACAAAAAUACCUGGUCCAAAUUUCUAUACAUUUCCAACCAUUGUUCCAGCGAUGGAACCUCGGCGGUAAAUUUAUUCAAGGAUCUUUCUGCUCGUCUCAGCAAAAUGCCAGAAGUUCUGGAUCGUAGUGGUGUUAUUUUCGAUUAUUCCGCUGACUUCCACAGGCUGGGAAAAUUACCCGCUCCGAUCGAUGAACGCCUUGAUUACAAACCUCCACUAACUUACCUACCGCGGUUUUUCGCAAAUUCUUUCGUCAGAAAUCGCCUUGGAUAUUACUCCAAGGGCCCAGUUGUAUCUCGUAUCACUAAUCCGGAUGAAGGCAAUUCAGUAUAUUCCCACUUUGUCCACUUCACUCCGGGCGAAGUUCAAGCGAUCAAGAACAAAAUUCAACGUCAGACUAGUUCCCACUGUACUAUGACACCAUUCUUGCAAGCGUGUUGGUUGGUGGCUAUGUAUAAAUUUGGCAAAGUUUUCUCAGGAUCCAUGCGGGAGUGGUUUAUCGACGUCGUGAUACCGAUGCAUACUUCUCAGUUGCUGCCAGCUGAUGAAGAGAUUCGGUCCAUGUACAGGUACGGUAGUAACAUUGGUGGGACUCACUACAAUUAUCUGAUAUCCUCCCUCAACAUCGGAAACGACAAACAAGCCUUUUGGUCCUUGGUGGAGUACUACAACAAUGUUUUCUGUGGAGCUAAAGCGAAGGGCGAUUAUUUAUAUCCUCUGGGUAUGUUGAUGCUAGAUGCAGUCUGCCAGAAAUCUAAUGUCGACAAGUUGGCAGUAGAAGACCUUGUAGGUUUUCCUCGCCAAGGGGUUGUGUUGAGCAAUGUCGGAUACGUGAAACAAGAUCACAGCAUUCAAGACUUUAGAGUUCAAGACCUAGUGUUUUCGCAAACUUUGGGGAGCUUAAGACAUAGUUUUACCUUGAGCGCAUGUACUACUGACACCAGCGGCAUGACCUUAGUAAUGUGCGGUGCUUAUGGCGCUUUGCCUACUAAAAAGGAUUGGAUAAACCUCUGUGAAUUAUUCAAGAGUGAAGUUUUGACCAUUUAA